ACUCACUGUGUGUGUAAAAAGACUGCCUAGCGGCUCUACUGUUAGUUAGUCUCUGCCUGUCCAACUGCUUGUACACUCAGACACCGUAAGGAUGUCGGAUCAGUCGGUCUUUGAUGUGGACGUAUGGACCCUCACACGCUUUGUCACGGAGACGGGGCGGCAGGCGAAGGGGGCCACCGGAGAACUCACACAGCUCAUUAACUGCCUGUUAACAGCUAUUAAAGCUAUUUCAUCUGCUGUCAGGAAAGCAGGACUCGUUCACCUUCAAGGCAUUGCGGGACAGGUGAAUGUCACAGGUGAUGAGCAGAAAAAGCUGGAUGUGCUUUCCAAUGAUCUGAUCAUCAAUAUGCUGCAGGCCUCUUAUGGCACCUGUUUGAUGGUUUCUGAGGAGAACAAGGAUGCCAUCUACACACCUGCUGAGAAAAGAGGGAAAUAUGUGGUCUGUUUUGAUCCCCUGGAUGGCUCCUCCAACAUCGACUGUUUGGCCCCCAUAGGCACCAUCUUUGCCAUUUACAAAAGAAUUGACGAGACCUCUGAAGGAGAACCGACUGACCAGGACGCCCUACAGCCGGGCAAUCAGAUCGUGUGUGCGGGCUACGCUCUUUAUGGCAGCGCCACGCUAGUGGCUCUCAGUACAGGAGCUGGAGUUAACUUCUUCAUGCUGGAUCCAGCAAUUGGAGAAUUCAUUCUGACAGACAGAAAUGUGAAGAUCAAGAAAAAGGGGAAGACUUACAGUAUCAACGAGGGCUACGCUAAGUACUUUGAGCCUGCAGUGAAUGAGUAUUUAAAACACAAGAAAUACCCAGAGGAUGGCAGUGCCCCAUAUGGUGCCAGGUAUGUUGGGUCGAUGGUGUCUGAUAUACACCGUACCAUUGCCUAUGGUGGCAUAUUCAUGUACCCAGCCAAUGAGAAGAGUCCAAAAGGAAAGCUGAGGCUGUUGUACGAGUGUAACCCCAUAGCCUUCUUGAUCGAGCAGGCCGGGGGCAUCGCCACGUCAGGCACCCAGCGCGUCCUGGAUGUUAUUCCCGACUCACUUCACCAGAGGCUACCCUUUGUGGUGGGAUCCCCAGACGAUGUGGAGGAGUACUUGUCCUUUGUCAAGAAACAUAAAAAGUAAAGAUUUCGGUUGCAAUAUGAUCCAUUGAAAGCCCACAUGACAUUGAGAUACAAAACACCACAGUAGCUUUUUUUAAAUAGUGGAAGCAAUGCUUUUGUACACAGAAUCACAUUAAAUUUCCAGUAUUUUAAA